AGGCAGCGGAGGGGCAGAAAACAGGCUACAGUUUGAGGUAUGGUAACUACUGAGGGGUCAAGUGGCUAGUCAGGAUGCAAACUCAUCUCUCCAGGCUCAUGCUGCUUGUUCCUAGCUACAAAGGUAACAUUCAAGAGCAAUAGGCCUCACCCUGCCUGUACCUAGCAGUUCUGGCAAAUACAAUGUCCCAGGGCCUGCCACUCCUUCCUGCAGACUGCUGGAUUCCUCCUUUGUCUGGCUCCCAUCCGCCUCAUGCCCUCUCCUUCCUCUUCCCACCCAGAUUGCAAGUUCAUGUGCCAUUAUCGUUGCCGUGCCCUGAUCCGCCUGGACUGCAGCGGUCCUCGAUACCAGGACAACUCAUCUGAGGCCAAUGAGCAGACAGUGGAGAAAGACACCAAUGUGGAUGAGCAGAUUGACUGGGAGAAGCCGGUUCUGAGCCAAGCUGAGAUUGAGCAGAAGAUAAAGGAGUACAACAGUCAAAUCAACAGCAACCUCUUCAUGAGCCUGAACAAAGAUGGCUCCUACACGGGUUUCAUCAAGGUGCAGCUGAAGCUGGUCCGGCCAGUCUCUGUGCCAGCCACCAAGAAGACACCCACCAUCCAUGAUGCCAAGAAGGUGGCACGCUCCCAGGCGGUGAAGCGGCGCACAUCAUUCUACCUGCCCAAGGACACAGUCAAGCACCUGCACAUCAUCUCCCGCACGCGGGCCAGUGAGGUCAUUGAGGCCCUGCUCAAGAAAUUCAUGGUGGUUGACAAUCCCCGCAAGUUCGCUCUAUUCGAGAGAUCUGAGAAGGAAGACCAAGUUUACCUGCGGAAGUUGCCUGAUGACGAGCAGCCCCUGCGUCUUCGGCUGCUGGCUGGCCCCAGUGAGAAGGUCCUCAGCUUUGUCCUGAAGGAGAACGAGACUGGGGAGGUCAAUUGGGAUGCCUUCAGCAUGCCUGAGCUGCACAACUUCCUGCGAAUCCUGCAGCGGGAGGAGGAGGAGCAUGUCCGGCAGAUCCUGCAGAAGUAUGCCCACUGUCGCCAGAAGAUGCAGGAAGCGCUGGCCACUCGCACCCCAGGCUGAGCUACCCCCAUCUUAGACCCAAUGCUCCAACCAAGACCAAGUGGCUAGAGGAGGCGGCAAGGCGAGGCGAGCAAGGACUGAUCACUCCAGAAUUAUGCUUGCAGAUCGACGGCUCUCCUGCAUGGGUGCGGGGAGGUGGGUGGGGCAUGGUGGGAGGGGGUGGUGAGUGCCAGGUGAGUGUGCCCAUCCCUCAAGGAGCGAGUGUGAGCACUGGAGAGGCUGUGUGCCCGGGGGUACUCCCCGAGGGCAGGGGCCAGUCAGGAUGUAUGUGUGAAGUUGCUGCUGAGGAAGGGUGGUUGUGUCAGUGUUGAGACUGCUACUACCAGCUCCACUACAAGAAGAAAUUGAAUGCUACAGCUUUUCUAGGUCUAUUCUUUUGAGGACUCCCCUGGGCCCAGACCAGGGAUGGAUUAAGGUUCAACAUAGCACAGAUUAGCCUCAGAACCCUGCUUGAGCAUUCCAUGUCAAGGGGAUGGGGGCGGGGGGUCACCACAUUUGAAAAGUAGGCCCCAUCCCAGAUCACUUCAUGGGGGAGGUUGUGGUGCCAUAAAUUAGAAGCACUCUAAAUUCAUUUAUCCAUUCAGUCCUACCCUCUCAUUCAGUAACCAGGCCAGCAAGGCUGCAUGAUUGCAGCCAGACCCCUUUGUGCAAAAGCCCACCCUUAGGAGGCAUCCUCUGGGGAGAGCUGUGUGUCGCAAUGAAGACUGCUUACUGCCUUUUGGGAUGUAAGCUCAGUAGAACUGCUCCGGGGCUAAGCCCAGCCUUCCGGACCUUGUGUAACUGGGGCCACCCAGACCCCCAUUACCAAAGGUGGCCUUUCUCUCCAGAGUGAAGCCUGAGAACAGUGCUCCAGGUGAUUGUUCCUAAAGACCGUUGUUGGGCUACUGUGAGGAAACCCAUCCCUCCUGGAGAACUGCUGGAGCUGCUGCUGGAAAUGGACUCCUACAUCCUAGUAUGUAUUGCCAAGGAGCAACACUGGGAAGAUCCAUCCCCUUCAUGAGAAUGGACUAGGUUCAGGGGAACAGCACCCCACAGGCUUUAUGUAUACUGGCCUGGGCAUGUGCCCAAGGGCUAUAAUGGAGAGCCUGAGGUGUGCCAGUGUGUCUUUGGAAAGCAUUUGAUAGGCCAUCAUGGCUAUGCUGGGCAUUUUCCAUCCUUCUGUGGAGGAGCAGCAGGACCCCAGUAGUUGAGGGUCAGGGCACAGGUGUUUGUCUGUAAUGCAGGACCUAAAGGCUGAAGGCAGCCAGGAAGUUCCUUGCAUAUGUAUGAAACUGAUGCAGCGUGAGUGCAGUCAAGUGUUUCCUGUUGGCAGCAGGAUGUCGCCUUGGCAGUUGGUUUAUAUUUCAGUUUUGUUUUGUUUUUUCUUUUUAAUCGACUCUGAAUGUCCUGAACUUCCAGGGCUUGGAUGCUCUAGAGGCUCGGCCUGUGAAUGGUGCUGAUUUUGUGACGAUCAAUAAACAAUUCAGGGGCAA